GUCACAACCUUUGGGUCAUUUGGUGAAAGUGAAAUUCGAUAAUUGGAAGAAAGCAAAAGAGGUGUGAACCAUAAUUAUCAUCCGAGCCAGAAAUCGAACCCGGGACCUCUCAAUUUCGCGUCGAGUGCUCUAACCAACUGAGCUACUUCGGAAUUCUAAUUUGCUCGCUGAAAACCUCCAAUUUAUGUUUGAAGUUACUUUUUGUCUAACUAGAGAUCGACAUUAUCACGAAUUUGUUUAUCCGUCAAACAACCUUUGACGUUGACGUUCAAUAAAUUGAGUGGAAAUAUUAAAAAAAUCAAUUUAUCUUGAAAUUGAAUUUUCACCCACUGAAAAAUCAUAAUUUUUGAAUUUUAUUUAAUGACUUCUAAUUUUUCAGACUUUUCAAGAACACCAGAAAAAAUAUUAUCACAUCAAUGCAGUUGCUGACAGCGAUAAUUUUCUGCGUAUUGCAAAAAAUGAAAGCCAAUCUGUUGAAAAUUUGAUUGACGAGUCCCGUAUGCAGCAAUUAGCGAAAAACAGAAAAACAUAGUUCCUGUUAUUGAAGCUAUUAUCGUUCUCGGGCGGCAAGAGUUGGCUUUGCGUGGACACCGUGAUAGUUCUUCUCAGUCAUUUAGAAGGUCCAGGGAAACGUGACAAAUUUACAAGCCCUACUGUCCAAAACUAAAUUAUCGAUGCAUGUUAUGAGAUAUUGACUCGAAAACUGAUAGCUGCAAUCAAAGCUGCGAAAGUUUACUCUGUUCUGAUGGAUGAAACUCAAGAUGUAGCUACUAUUGAGCAAGUUACCAAUUGCAUUCGAUACGUGAGUAAGAAAGACGAUGGCGAGCAUAUUGUACAUCAAGAUUUUGUGAAGUUUAUCCCAACAGCUUCCACUACAGGUAAUGUUCUUGCCAAGCUAAUGGUUGAAAAUCUUCAAAAUUUCGAACUGGAUAUUACUUUCUUGAUCGGCCAAGGAUUCGACGGGGCGAGGAAUAUGUCUGGUCAAUAUAAUGGCGUUCAAGCAAUUAUACGUGACAAUUAUGCGCCACAUGCUUUAUACGUUCACUGUGCCUCACAUUCUUUGAAUCUUGCAAUAUCUAUCACCAGCAAGGUACCUGCCAUCAGAGACUGCUUGAGCACCAUAGAAAUUGUUUACAAUUUCCUCCACACACCUAAAAGAAGAGCUGUUCUAGAGAACACUAUUGAACAAUCUGAUGAAACUCCAAGUGUGAAAACUGUGAAGAGAUUGAAUCUGACUCGAUGGGUGUCAAAAUAAGAAGCCGUAGACAAUUUUCAUGAAUUUUUUCCAUUUGUCUACGAAACUCUUGACGAAAUUAGAACCUCGGAAACUGACGCGAAAAAUUUAAAAAAUGCAAUGGAUUUCGAAUUUUUGAUCAGUCUACAGGUUAUCAACGUGAUUUACCAACUUUCUUUGCCUCUGAGUCGAGAAUUUCAAAAGGUUGAUUUAGACUUGGUCCAAGCUAUGGAUCUCGCCAAGGAUUUACGCGAUGAACUGAAAAGGAUUCGAGCAGAAGCAGAUACGUUUCCUGGAAUUUUCGAAGCUGCAAAGAAAAUUGCUGAAACUUUGGACAUUGAAAUCAAACACAAACGAAAAGUGAGCAGACUAAAAAAUCGAGCGAAUCCUGAUGUUCAGAGUGCAGAAGAAUACUUCCGUGUCACGGUGUUCAAUCCAUUUUUGGACUUCUACAUCAUGGAUCUUGGCGAGAGAUUUAUCGAUAAAAAAAUAUUAGAAGGGUUUUCGGCGCUCUUCAAGCAUGAUUUAUCUGAAAUCGACAAAGCAUCUGAGAAAUUUAUAGAAACUGUCGAGUUUUAUCAAAAAUUUCUUGAUUCUGGGCCAACUGCUGUUCUCAUCGAGUUGAAAAUGUGGAAGAAGUAUUUGAUCCGUAAAGGCGACAUCAAGCCUAACAAUUCGUUGAAAGCGCUGGAUGAUUGUCCAGAAGAAAAUUUCCCAAAUAUCAAAAUGUUGCUAAGAAUAUUAGCUACAUUGCCAGUAUCUACGUCUACUGCGGAACGAACAUUCUCAGGUUUGAAACGGAUAAAAACAAUUCAAAGGAACACGAUAAAAGAAGACCGCUUGAAUGGUUUGGCAGCUCUGGCAAUGCAUCGUGACAUUGGAAUCACAGCAGACGAAGUCAUUGAUAGAUUAGCAAAAAAAAUCUCGAAAGCUUGAAUUUCUUCUUUGAUAAGAGAAUUUUUUAAUAAUGCAACUUAUCAAUGUGAAAAAUGUGACCAAUUUCUGUACACGACUGUGCAACGCGGAUUAUUAUCGCAGUGUAAAAUAAAACUUACAAAA